AUGGGCCAAACCUCAACAGAAGGGAAUCUUGAUGAGACAACCUUAGCGCGCCUCAUCGAGAUGCUUGAUGAGAAUAACUGUUUAGCCAAGCUUUUCCGACGGGCACGUGACUACUACGAAGGCAGCGGGCAACAGUUUAAUAUAAUAUUGCUCUCAGAUAAAGGGAAAGGUAAAGAAUACGAUCUCCCAAGUACGAGUGAGGUCGCAGGCCUUAUCGUAGGGGAUAUGUCAUCAACAAUUGGAGUACGAGAUAUAGUGGUUCAAUUCCAAUCUGACACUUUGCAGCAGAUCCGUGACGACCACCCUCUGUACAUGAGCCUCCAAUAUCCUCUUCUCUUUCCACGUGGUGAGUAUGGAUUUCACCCCCAAAUCUCAUUACAUCUUGAGACAGGCACCUCGAAAACAAGGCAAUUCCUGACGAUACGCCAGUACUACGCUGCUCAGAUACAAACGCGUCUCAACCAAGGGAUGACGUUGGGGAUGACAUUGGUUAAAGGGGGCCGUCUCCUCCAUCAAUAUGUUGUUGACGUUUAUACGGCAAUCGAAGAAGAUCGGUUAAGGUGGGCCAGAAAUAAUCAAGAUGUUUUGCGAGCCGAGCUCUACAGUAAUGUACUCGAUGCUGUUAGCAAGGGUGACACUGAUGCUAAAAUUAUUGGACAAAGGUUCAUACUGCCGCCAAGUUUCACCGGCGGGCCUCGAUACUUAGUUGAGAAAUACCAUGAUGCGAUGGCUAUCUGCAGAGAAUAUGGGAACCCGGAUUUGUUUAUCACAAUGACGGCCAAUCCUAACUGGAAAGAGAUUAAAGAACAUCUUGAGAUAUACGGUGGAGACUCCCCCAAUGAUAGACCAGACAUUGAAUGUCGUGUCUUUAAGAUGAAGUUAGAUCAGCUACUGAAGGAUUUCAAAAAAGGAACUUUCUUCAAGCCAUACACUGCAGCUCUCCACAGAAUAGAGUUUCAAAAAAGAGGCCUCCCUCAUGCACAUAUAUUAUUGUGGUUUGGAAACUCAUCUAGAACACCAAGUUCGGAAGAGGUAGAUGAGAUUAUUUCAGCCGAGCUCCCAAACAAAGAAGAAGACCCAGAAGCUUAUAAUUUAGUGACAAAACACAUGAUCCAUGGUCCAUGUGGUGUCAUUAAUCCGAAGUCACCGUGUAUGGAAAAUAAUAUGUGCACAAAGAAGUAUCCUCGGCCUUAUAAUGAUAGUACUUCGAUUGACAAAUCAGGGUACGUGUUAUAUCGUCGCCGCCGAAAUGAAAAUGAGUCUGUGAUUAAAAAUGGGGCAACCCUAAACAACACAUUUGUUGUACCUCAUAACAUUAACCUCUUAAAGAAGUACGAGGCUCAUAUCAAUGUGGAAUGGUGUAAUCGUACAAGCAUAGUGAAGUACUUAUUCAAGUACAUAACCAAGGGUGUUGACAGAGCAUCCGCAGUUAUUGAAAAAGGAAAUACGACAACUACCUCUGACACAGUUGAACCAAAGGAAAAAGUGAUUAAGCAACGGAAUGAGAUCCAAGAAUACAUCGAAGCCCGGUAUUUGUCAGCUUGUGAGUCCAUGUGGCGGAAUUUCGCAUUUCACAUACACAAAAGAAAGCCGUCCGUUGAGAAGCUAAUCAUUCACUUAGAAGGCGAGCAUAACAUCACCAUUAAAGAAAAUGAUAACCUCGGCCGCGUAAUCCGCAAACCAGGUAUUGAGAAGACAAUGUUUACUGAAUGGAUGGUAUUAUGCAGAAGGUCAGCAUUUGCACGGACAUUAACUUAUGUGCAAAUACAAGAAUAUUUCGUCUGGAACAACAAUUCCAAAGUAUGGUCUGAACGUAAGAAAGGGAAAACCAUUGGGCGAAUUGUGGCUGUCCAUCCAUCAGCAGGUGAUCGAUACUAUCUGAGGAUCCUCAUCAAUAAGAUUAAAGGUCCUAGAAGUUAUGACGAGCUGAAAACUUUCAACGAUGUGAAAUACCCAGACUUCAAAUCGGUUUGCCACGCACGAGGCUAUUUGGACGAUGAUGUUGAAUGGCUCGAGAGUAUGCCAGAGGGUGCUAGAACAGCCACCCCAUACCAACUCCGUGAUAUGUUUGUCACCUUUCUAAACACUUGCUUCGUUGCAAGCCCCAAAAGACUAUGGGAGCACUCAUGGAAAUCAAUGAGCGAGGAUAUACUCCACAAGAGGCAAAGGAUCUUAGGCCACACAAAUCUGGAGCUGGACGAUGAAACCCUUAAGCAAUACACGUUAAUCGAAGUGGAAAAGUUGAUGCGCAUGCAAGACCGUUCUUUAAACGAUAUUAAAGAGAUGCCUAAGAUCAAACAUGUUUUGCUAAAAGAAUUGGGGAACAGUUUGUGGAACCAAGAAAUGGAUUACAAUGUUGCCGAAGAAACGAUCAGACAUGGCAGUCAGUACAACUUGCUUAACGCCGAGCAGCGUGCGAUUUACGAAUCAGUCAUAGACUCUGUUGACAAAAAGGAUGGAAAACUAUUCUUUGUACAUGGCGUGAAACAAAUCGUUCUCCCGGUUGCUUCUUCAGGAAUAGCCGCAUUGCUACUACCAAACGGAAGAACAGCUCAUUCACGCUUUAAUAUUCCUUUGAAGCUCGACGAAGAUAAGCUCUGCAACAUCAAACCAGGUACAAUGCUCGCUGAACUCAUUGAGAAAACGGACCUCAUAAUCUGGGAUGAGGCACCUAUGACGCACAAACAUGCCUUCGAAGCACUUGACAAAACUUUGAAGGACAUAAUGUCUAUGAAAAACCCACACGCAAAGGAUCAAACUUUCGGCGGAAAAACGGUUUUGUUAGGUGGUGAUUUUAGACAAAUCCUUCCGGUAGUUCCACAAGGGUGUCGAGCUGAUACCGUCUUAGCUUCGAUAUGUCAUUCAUAUCUAUGGAAUUUCUGCCACAAGUUCCCUUUGAAUACAAAUAUGCGAGUCAACCAGGACGAAAAAGAGUUCUCCGAUUGGCUUCUCAAAGUCGGUGAAGGUCGUCCAGAAUCAGAACAGGGAGACGAGGACGAUGGCUACCAUGACCAAAUGGUAAAUAUCGAUCCAACAUUGCUCAAAGAGACUAAAGAAGAGUCACUAAAGCAAGUUGUCGAUGCAGCGUAUGGUGAUACCAAACAAAUAGAGGCCUCCCAAAGUUCCUACACCGAUAAAGUUAUCCUAACACCCCGAAAUGAUACAGUCGAUGAAAUCAAUGCGUAUACAAUCUCCAAAACCACCGGAGAGUCAAAAGACUACUACAGUUACGAUAGCUUUGAGGUUUCGGAAACUCAAUCUAACCAAAAUGAUACACUAUACGCCAUUGAGUAUCUCAACUCGAUGGAGUUUCCAGGAUUGCCUUCCCAUAAACUCACUCUCAAAGUUGGAGCCCCGAUUAUGCUUCUGCGAAACAUAAACCAAACAAAGGGAUUAUGUAAUGGUACCCGUAUGAUCCUAACCCACAUAGGCGAAAGAGUGCUUAAAGCAGAUAUAAUUACUGGUUCCCACAUUGGAAAUGAAGUUUUGAUCCCACGAGUAGUCCUCUUGCAUGGGGAUACACAGCUACCCUUCACUUUACGUCGAGGCCAGUUCCCUAUCAGAUUGUGUUAUGCGAUGACAAUCAACAAAAGCCAGGGCCAAAGCUUAAAAGAGUUUAUCCUAUACCUUCCUAGACCGGUCUUCUCGCAUGGUCAACUCUACGUGGCCCUCUCACGUGUAACAAGCAAAGCAGGACUAAAAAUCAUCAAAGACGAAGACUCACACAAACAAAAAGUGAAGAAAAUAGUCUACAAAGAAAUCUUCAACCGCCUUCAUCCACAUGAGACACUCGAGGUACCACCAGAAAUGAAUCAGAACUAA